GAUCCUAGCCUCCUUCGUAAAUCAAAGUUAGGCAUAUGUAUAUACUGCAAAUUUCCCUAGCCUUACUUCUUUAGUUUCCUCUAAUUGCUCUCAGUUUUAUCAAUUACUCAGUCAUAGGAUCAAUUCCUGAUUUCCUGCCACGUAUAUAAUCUUCUUCUAUUUCAUAUACCAAUGGCAUUAACCUCCAUGCUUAAGUUCACAAAUCGAUCCCUACUGUUCGUUUUGGUUCUGUCCGUGACUACAUUUUCCGGCAUAGCCAGUAGCAGUAAAGAGUUGAAAGAAACCCACAUGUCCAUGUAUCUUCAGGACUUCAUUGCUGGUCCAAACGUCACAGAUAUACCAGUUGCCGGUGUCGCCGGAAAGCUUUGGCUCUUCAAUCAAUUUGGAACAGUUUAUGUCACGGACAACCCUAUCACCAUAGGUCCGAGCUCAAACUCCGCUUCAAUGGGCCGAGCGCAAGGUGUUUUUGUGAGUUCAGCACUGGAUGGAUUAAGUGGCCUUGUUUUGUUUUCAGUUGGGUUCACAAACAAGGAGUACAAUGGCAGCACAUUAGAAAUACAAGGAAACAGUAAAAUACUGGAACCGGUCAGAGAGCUUUCGGUGGUAUCCGGUACCGGAAAGUUUCGGUUUGCUAGAGGGUAUGCUACGUGUGAAACCUAUUCUGUGGAUAUUCCGAUUGGAUACUCGGUUAUACGAUUCAACGUUACAGUUGAACACAGGUAGAAAACCAUGAUGUCUGUGCCUACAGAUGGGUUAAAUUCGUAAACCCUAAUAUAAUUCUUCUGUUUGUAAUCCUUUUUUUUUUUUUUCAAUAAGAUGGUGAGGAGGCUAUUCUCUCACCAAUCCUAUUCCAACCAAAAGGCUACGUUCUCUGGGCUUUGAUUAUAGAGUCUUGGUGUUGGGAUAUGUGUUGGUGUUCAUGCGCAAACAUGAUUUGAUGAUCGAUUUUCUCGGCUCUUGGUAGCAGCUACAGUGACAAUUAUAUAUCACAUGAUGGCUUGAGUGUUUGGGACGACGGCACAAUCGAGUUCCUCUUCUGCUCGAGUUGCUUCUG